ACAAAAACAAAAGUCUCCAUUUCUUGUUACCAAGCAAGUGAAAGUCACAACCUAUAUGAGAUAAUGUCUCCGUUACGCUUCUGUCCGUCACAAAAGACAAGGCCACUCAGUUAUGAGUUCACUUUUACCUUCUCACGUCUCUCUUUGCAGUAUCUUGUUUUUCUCUUCUCUCCUUCCACUUUACGGACGACGGCUGACGACCAUGAACCGCUUCUUAAAAUCUUCAUGGACUCGAUUGGUCCCCAGCAUCAACCGCCUCCGCUCCUUUGUUGCUCAAAGUUAUCGCCCCUUCUCUCGCUUUGCAGGGGAUGACCUUGAACCCGACUCAUGGAGAUCAAUGGAGGGUCUUGUCCGUUGUUCCGCCAAUUACAUGCCUCUGUCUCCCAUAACCUUCCUGGAGAGAGCUGCGAUGGUUUACAGAGACAGAACAUCUGUUGUUUAUGGCUCUUAUAAGUACUCCUGGAGUCAAACACAUGAACGUUGUGUCAAGCUCGCUUCUGCUCUGUCCCAGCUGGGGAUUUCCCGGGGUGAUGUGGUUGCCACUCUGGCUCCCAAUGUCCCAGCAAUGUAUGAGCUGCAUUUUGCUGUUCCAAUGGCCGGAGCAGUUCUUUGUACACUUAAUACUCGCCUUGACUCAGCCAUGGUUUCAGUUUUAUUGACACAUUCCGAAGCUAAGAUCGUAUUUGUAGACUACAAAUUACUUGAAAUUGCUCGUGAAGCACUUGAUCUUCUUGCAGAAACAAACAAAAAACCACCUGUUUUAAUCUUGAUUUCUGAAUGGGAUGAUUCAUCUCCAACCAGCUUUGGACUAGGCACUUAUGAGUAUGAAAGCUUGUUAGAAACUGGGAAUAUUGGAUUUGAGAUAAGAAGACCAAACAGUGAAUGGGAUCCCAUCAGUGUGAAUUAUACCUCUGGCACAACAUCCAGGCCCAAAGGAGUUGUUUAUAGUCACCGGGGAGCCUAUCUCAACUCCCUUGCCACAGUUUUCCUUCAUGGAAUGAACUCAAUGCCUGUUUAUCUAUGGACUGUGCCUAUGUUUCACUGCAAUGGCUGGUGCCUCACUUGGGGAGUUGCAGCGCAGGGUGGCACAAAUAUAUGCCUGAGGAGCGUUACCCCAAAGGAGAUAUUUGAGAAAAUAGUCCUGCACAGUGUGACACACAUGGGAGGAGCUCCUACUGUCCUCAACAUGAUUGUGAAUUCAUCUGUGAGUGAUCGAAAGCCACUUUCCCACAAGGUUGAAAUAAUGACAGGUGGUUCACCCCCACCCCCACAAAUCCUACUUAAGAUGGAAGAGUUGGGUUUUAGUGUAAAUCACUUGUAUGGCCUUACAGAAACUUAUGGUCCAGGUACAUACUGUGCAUGGAAACCUGAAUGGGAGUCCUUGCCUUCUGAUGAGCAAUCAAAGUUGAAAGCCCGACAAGGAAUGCAACAUAUUGGUUUGGAGCAGGUUGACAUAAGAGAUCCUGUCACGAUGGAAAGUGUACCAGCUGAUGGUAAAACCAUGGGUGAGAUUAUGUUCAGAGGAAACACUGUGAUGAGUGGAUACUUUAAAGACUUGCAAGCAACAGAGGAAGCAUUUAGUGGGGGAUGGUUCCGGAGUGGGGAUCUUGCUGUGAAGCAUCCAGAUGGUUAUAUAGAAAUAACGGACCGACUGAAGGAUAUCAUAAUUUCAGGGGGAGAGAAUAUAAGUUCGGUAGAGGUUGAAACGGUUUUGUAUGGUCAUCCAGCAGUUCUUGAGGCUGCAGUUGUUGCAAGGCCAGAUAAUCAUUGGGGACAGACCCCUUGUGCAUUUGUGAAGUUAAAAGACGGAUUUGAUGUGGAUGCUCAAGAACUAAUCAGGUUUUGCCGAGAUCACUUGCCACAUUUUAUGGCUCCCAAAACAGUGAUCUUUGAGGAAUUGCCAAGAACUUCAACCGGAAAGAUACAAAAGUUCAUAUUGAGACAAAAAGCAAAGGCCCUUGGCAGUCUGUUUUGAGCAAAAUGAUAAUGUGCAGGAUGUUGAUCCUGAUUGAGGCUUUUGUUGUGGGGAUUGAUGAGAGAGAUAGACGAUUUUCAGUAUUCUUCAUUCCGCUUGUGAUCAUGGUAAUGGCUGGGCACCUGGUUUUCCUUCCAAAUCAAAUACCAAGACACCUGCUUUUUUCCCCAUAGGUAGUCAUGCAAUAUACUUUUCCGUGAUUGCCAUAGCCUUUGGGAAGAAAAGAUACCUCCUGAUUGAAUGCUAAAACAAAAGAAACAGAAGAAUUCCAGAUCCAAUAUAUGCAACAAUACUUAAAUUAU